UUUUGAGCCUUUUUCCCCUCCACAGAUGCUGCUGUGCCGUCCUGCGGAGCUGCUGGGGACCAGCUGGGUGCUCCUGGCAGGGCUGCUGGUGCCUUUGCAAGUGGCUGCUGGAGCCAUGGGACCCCUCCAGAGAAAAGCUGCCGCCGUGGGAUCCUCGGUGCUGCUUCCCGGCCCGGAGAACGUCACGCACGUCCACUCCGUGCGGUGGGAGCACCUCAAUGGCACCAGCACCUGCCCCAUCCUGCAGUACGACGGGGGGUCCCACAGCCCAACCGUCCACCCGCCCUACGCAGGACGAGCCCUUUUCCACCCCUCCAACGGGUCCCUCUCGCUGGAGAACGUCCAGGAAAGCGACAGCGGCGUCUACAAAGUGACUGUCAACGAGGGAGAUGGGGAGAGCCUGCAAAUCCUGCUGGAAGUCCUCAAGCCCGUGUCUCGCCCUCGGCUCUGGAGCAGUGCCCUGGUGGCCCAGGCCACCGGGGAGGUGUUCUGUGACGUGGCAGAGGGCAAGGUGGACACCAUCACCUGGAAAAAGGAUGGGCAGCCCCUUCCUGCAGAGAGAGGAUCCCACCUCUCCGGCAGCCUCAGCGUGUUGUCCCUGAGAUCGGCCAAGAAGUCGGACUGUGGCUCCUACUCCUGCAACGCCAGCAACAGGAUAAGCUGGCAAGAAACCUCCCUGAACAUCACCAUCGCAGGUCUCUCCCCUGCCUUGCAGGACGUGCUGAGGCUCGCAGUGGUCGCCGUGGUCUUCGCUGCCACCUCGGGAUGGGGAUUGAUUUUUCCCGUCUGCCAGUCUGAAAAGCUCCGAAUACGGGGGGAGCUGUGGAGGUGGCUCAGUGCCUACACCUGCGGGCUGGUGUGCGUCGCCUCCAUCCUCACCAGCACUGCUGGGAUCCUCUGGAUGCGAGAGGAAGGCCCUUCUGUUGCCAUCAUCCUGCCCCAGAUUGCCCUCGCAUACGCCAUCGUGGUGAACUUCCUGGUCUCUGCCACCGUGACCUUCCAGCCUGCAAAGUUCACCCAAUUCAAAAGCAGAACGGCAGACCUUGGGCUACGCCGCUCCCGGAGGGGUGGUUUCGGUGGUGCUGACGACCAGCGUCCUCAUGAAGAACAUCCACCAUCGCCACGGGCAGAAGAAGGAUGCACGGAGCUGGUGGAGGUGACCGCCCUCGUGGUCAGCACGGCGGCCGUCUCGGCCCUCCCACUCCUCGCCAUCUUCCUCUGCUACCACACGACCCAGGGAUGGCAGAAGGAACGUGACUCCAGCUCCGUGGACAAGGAGAGGUCCUUCGAAAUGUCCCAGCUGGCCAGCAGGGACUCUUUCUCCACCCGUUAGAGGUUGUUCCUCCCUCAGCUGAGCCAACCCGACCUUUCUCCCAGGUUUGGUGGGUUCAGGGCUCUCGGUUCCCGUGGGGUUGACCCUCUGCAAAGUCUGUAAUAAACGGCAGUGAAAUGAACCCAUUUCUGCCUUUUUUCUUAAACAGAGAACCGGGGGAGGCCCAAUGCACAUUUAUUCCUCUUUCUUCCUCUUGAAAAAAACAGGCUUUAAAGUAAAGA